CCACCGCCAGGCGCCUCAGCCGCGGGGACGCGGGACACGCCGGCCUCGCGCUUCGGAGCCACCGGAGCGCCCCCAGCCCCCGCCACCUACCGCGGCCCCCAGCGCUGCGGGAGCCGACGGAUACCCGGCGCGCCUCGCACCGCCCGCGGAGCAAAUCCAGAUAACAAGAAGUAUUUGGCCACACGGUUUUGGCCAGGACAUCAGAAGCAUCAGAACAGGUGAAUAAAAAAGAUGCUAAUGUUUGACCCAGUCCCUAUCAAGCAAGAAGCCAUGGAACCUGUUUCAGUGUCAUAUCCAUCCAAUUAUAUGGACCAAAUGAAGCCAAACAAGUACAGCGUCAUUUAUUCUACACCAAGUAUGUUGCACAAUAAAUUCUACUCCAGCCCUGAAGGACUAUCAAAUGGAAUCCAGAUGGAGCCAGUAGACCUUACAGUAAAUAAACGGAGCUCACCACCUUCAGCUGGAAGUUCUCCUUCCCCACUAAAAUUUCAGACUGUGCAUAGGAGAACUUCACCUGGAUUGACUCUGUCCACACCCAGCUCACCUCUCAGUAAGUUCACACCGUCACCCCCAGGAGUACAGCCCAUUUCUAUGCCAAUAACAAUCCCACCUGUAAUGGCCGCUGCUCUUUCACGCCACGGACUGAGAAGCCCUGGAAUACUCCCAGUUAUACAGCCUGUGGUGGUCCAGCCAGUUCCUUUUAUGUAUGCUCCCCAUCUCCAGCAGCCCAUCAUGGUGUCCACAGUUCUUGCAGAUGAGAUGGAAACUCCAAGUAGCAUGCAAGUGCCUGUCAUUGAGUCUUAUGAGAAGCCUACACUGAAGAAAACAAUCAAAGUAGAGCCAGGAAGUGAACCAUCGAAGACUGACUUCUAUCCUGAACAAAUGUCACCUCCGAUGAUGACCUCAUUGUCUCCCCAGCAAGUAAUGUUGCAAGAGAAUCACCCUUCAGUUAUAGUUCAACCAGGAAAGAGACCUUUACCUGUGGAAUCUCCGGACACACAAAGGAAACGCAGAAUACAUCGAUGUGAUUAUGAAGGCUGCAACAAAGUCUACACUAAAAGCUCCCAUCUGAAGGCUCACCGAAGAACCCAUACAGGUGAAAAGCCGUACAAAUGCACUUGGGAGGGAUGCACGUGGAAGUUUGCUCGUUCUGAUGAACUAACGCGGCAUUUCCGCAAGCACACGGGAAUCAAACCUUUUCAGUGCCCAGACUGUGACCGUAGCUUUUCCCGUUCAGACCAUCUUGCUCUUCACAGAAAACGCCACAUGCUCGUCUGAAUGUCUUCUGUCCCUGACUCCUGUCACACAUUUUUUGUUUUUUACACAUGCAUUUUAAUUUGGAUUCAGCUGGUCUGGAUCUCUGAGUUUAUAUCAUUAAAAACUUACGUAUGGUCAGUAACAGAUGUUAUCUAACCCUCCUAUGUCCUUGCCACGGGUCAGACCUAAAGAAUGUGAAUACUUCUUUUUUUUUCUCCUGGGGAUGCUAAGCAAACCCUUUCUACAUUCAGUAUGUUUAAUGUAUUCCAUUUGAGAAUAAGGGAAUUUGUAAACUAACAGCUUUUGUUGGUUUCUUCAUAUAAUCAACCCAACAUAUACUGAUAAAAUAGUAAAUGUUAUUGAAUAUCCAAAA